AUGAGAGAGUAUAUCCAAAGAAUAUCAGCCAGAUAUUCAAUUAAAAUGGCUCUGCUUUAAACUAAACUAACACAGGUGCAGCUAAUGAGAAGAAAGAAGAUGAAUGGGAAUUUUUCGAACAGACCCAAGCACAUUAGAAAUAAGACAGAACAGCUGGAGUACAUGAGGUCACUGCAUAAACUAUCAGAUAAAAACAUAUAUGAUGUGGAUCCAACACUUAGGAAACGAGGUGCAGAAGGUGAAUCUCCAAGUGGUCAUUCCCCAGGGAAAUCAGCUACACCUGAGAAGUCAAAUAGAUAAGUGAUAAUAUCUAAGAGUUACUACUGGAAUCAAGAGCUGACUUAGCCUUAUCGGGAAUCUCAGGAAUAUAAAAAUAUGAUGUCCCAGGUAAAUGAGUAUCAAAAUCAAGCAUUUAAAGCAAGAAACUUAAACUCUAUUCCAAAUACAGUGCCCACCACUAGCUAGACUUAGAGAGCAAGCAAUCUCAAAAAUUCAUCAGUACCUUAAUCACAAUAAACAACCCAUAGAUCAAAUAGACAGGGCAAUUAAUCUUCUAUAAAUCAUUAAAAUCCACUGCCUAAGAUCGAUGACUUUUUUAUGACCUCCUCUGGCCUGGAUAACUACACUAUUACUCCAGUAUAUACCAAAGGCAGUCAAAACUACAUUGAUAUGAGGACCUAAGGACUAAAUUUUAGUUAGCUUAUGAGGUAUCAGGACGAGAGUGAAAAGAAGAGCAGUACUGUUUAGUCUAAGCUUAUGAUGAGAAGUAUGCUAAGGAUAAAUGGUGAUCAUAAUAGAGAUAUAGAGAUGAAAAAUAGGAAUUUAAUUGAUCCUAAUGGAAGCGGUUAUCCGAACCCUGAUGAUUAAUGGCAAAAGAAACCUAGAUUAGUUCUGAAGAACCCGAAUCAAGAGCAAAGAAUUCUAUAAAAAUCCUUAAGAGGUAGAAUGAGCAGACAGUAUCAAUCGAAUGAUUCCCCAUCUAAGGAUAAAUUAAUGACUUUAAGCAAGCUAGAAUAUUACUUGAAAGAGGAAAAUCGUAAAGAAAAUAUCAUAGGUCUUUAAAAGUCCCCCUCUGAUUAUGAAAGAGAGGAAUAUGAAAGGGGAGGCGCAAGACUCUUGCCUGGCAAAAGUUCUAAAACCAUUAUGAGAAAAAUUUCUUUGGAUCAUAAAAAGAGUAUUGACUAGGAACUGUUCCGAGAGACUUCAAGCAAAAAACUGAUAAAAAGCAUAUUGGAUACAAAUCAGUACAGAAAACCUCCAAUAGGUAAGAAAGAUCCUUUAGAUGAGAAGUUUUACAACAGUUUGGUUUCAAUCAAGCAUCAGAACCCACUCGUAGCGCUAAUGUCUAAAAAUAAGGACUAUAAGCCCUCCUCCAGGUUGAAUCAGACUGAAAUCAUAAGUAAAAAUACUUUGAAUGUUCCGCCAACGAAUAAAAGCAAUCCAAUAUACUCGCAUGAUAUUGCAGACAAGCUGAUGCUGCUUGAUCGAAUUGAGAAGACAAUGCAUUAGAAGUUGGAUUCAAAGAUGCUUCCUGAUGAAAAGAAAUUUACCUACUUUGAUAGUAUAAGUCCCAUGAAAAAUGGGUAAAGAGGGGGCAGCAGCCACCCAAGUGCGAGCAGAAGAGAAAAGGACCACAGCAGUUUCGGCGGCAAGUUCAUCAGAUUUAAAGUGGGAGGGGACAACAACGAAGGUAAAUGA